AGACAGGAAAAAAGGCCCAAAAUUGUGGCAGUGUUUUAAUCUCCCUCACCGUCGACAUACACCAGUAGUUGCCUACAUCGAUCUAUCUGAACGCCGGAAAACCGUAACCGACGGCCGGAAUCCUAGCGCUACCUUGGUCUAUCCGGCAUACCGGCACCUGGAGAAGGUCUGACAUUCAGUAACUUCCCAAUUUCCUUUUCACAAGAAGGAAAUCGAAUAACCAACAAUAAAUACUAUGUCUAGUCGAAAAGAAACAGUUUUAGAUCUUGCCAAGUUUGUCGACAAGGGGGUCCAAGUCAAGCUCACUGGUGGAAGACAAGUGACUGGGACACUAAAGGGAUAUGACCAGUUGCUGAACCUUGUGCUGGAUGAAGCUGUUGAAUAUCUGAGAGAUGCUGAUGACCCGCUGAAGACUACUGACCAGACUAGACGCCUUGGCUUAAUUGUUUGUAGAGGAACAGCCGUAAUGCUGGUUUCACCAACUGACGGUACUGACGAGAUUGCAAACCCUUUUGUUCAGCCAGACGGUGCUUAGGUCUUGUUUGGCAACAAUGCCUUUAAUCUAUUGACAUGGUUUAGAUGUUAAUUAGACUUGGACAUAUUUCUAAAUGUAACGCAGUAAUUGUAAGAUUAAGUGUAUGCACCCUGAAAAAGUGAAUAUUUGGUGUACUGAAAAGUUGCUGGUUUCAUGAUC